CAAACGUUAUGCGUGUGAGUCGUAUCACCGAUUGAUGAGUUUUUAACAAAAAAGACCGUUGAAAAACGGUCGCUUUACAUGGUAGUAGAACUCUAGGGUGUGAUUGAACUAUACAUUACAUUAGUGUAUGGACGAUAAAAUGUGCAAGUGAUUGAAGAGUUUACAUUUGCAGUGUUGAUCAGUUAAAACUUUAAACAACGUUAUGAUUUCGUAAUUACAACAUGGAGGACGUUUAUACUAUAAAAGUGAAAACAAAGCCCGACACGCGGAAUUUGUAUCCCUCCGAACGGAGGUAUUCGGCGUCGACGGUGUCAGGCCUGGCCUGGGUCCACAUCGCACUCGCCGCUACGUCGUUCUUGCUCGCAUGCUUAGCUUUAGUCAAUCCGAACGCCGACAUCGAAGCGAAUUCAAACCACACCGCUAAAAACACAUCGUUUCUCGACGGGGAUCCUGUUCUUGACUACAAUGUAACGGACACCGACACGACAAAAAAUGAAAAUAGUUACAUGUUAGUUCUAGCGCCGUCCCUCCUCACCGUAUUCGCGUUGGCGGCGGGAGUGGCCGCUAUCAUGGCAUCUGUGCGAUGGUACGUAGACCACAACAUCACCUGGCUCUUCGCCAUGUCCGUGCUUUCUACCUUAUUCGCCUUUAUAGCUUUCGUAAUGAUCGCCGUGUGGUUUAUAACCACCUCGGAGGAGGACAUAUCGGACUUUUAUAAAGACAAAGUGCCGUUUAAAGACUUCAUUGUGGUGAAGCACACGGAUAUUAUAGAUAAGAACGAAUCUCACAUGAUCAUAGCUAACAACGCGUCCACAGCCAAAGAAGAAGAUUCUCAUUUGUUUACAAAACGUGUUCUAUCUAUAAACAUACUGAUCGCGGCGUUUCUCGAGCUGCUCUGGUCUAUUCUAAGCGUAAAGAUAUCUUACAAGGGCAUGAGAAAUAAUUACAAGGAGGACGAUAACGGAAGAAGAGGCAACUGCAUUUCUGUGGUGACGACAAUAAAAGGUAAUAAUACCAGUAAAAUACCAAGAAACGGUAAGCUUCUACCGCCCAAACCGGAUUUGAUAGAACAUUACCCGAGUAAAAAAAUCAAGAGAAUCUUUUUGGCUCAAAGCGAUAACGGUUUCUAUUUGAAGAAUCAAAACAACAAAGCGAAGCAAAACACGGAGACCAGUUCGGAGUUUUAUAAGGAGAGAAUGUUGAACUUUUUGAACCGUUGCGCAUCUUUGGAGGGAAUUUCGAAUUCGGAAAUGCGAACUCCUAGCGUCCAGUCGGAGGCAGUGCUGAACCCUAUUCCAGAGGUGGCCAGUAUUGAUAUAAACGUGCAAGAAACGAUACAGCCGGAGGUUAAAGAUAGAAUGACACCAAUCAGUUGGGGCGAUACUCCAGAUCACACUAUUUACAAUCAGAAUACGAUAAAUUUUGAAAAGAUUUUCAAUUUUGCCGGAAAGAAAACAAAAGAUUCCACUACAACGGAUGAUGGGGACAAACAAGCGACUGAAGAAAUAAGUGAAAAUACACAGAAAAAUUAAUAAAGCGUGAAAUGGAGAUCGGAUCAUUGCACGGGACGAUGUUUGUGUAGAAAGUGAUUGCUUACGUAAUUAGGGACUUCACACUGAAGCACAAGUCGUGCUAAUUUAUAAAUAAUUUUUAUUUAUUAUUGAAGACUGUGAAAGCACUUUAUGCUAAUAUUAUCUUUAUAGUUUUGCUAGUUUUUAUAGUUAGUACCCUUUUAUAUUUUGUUAAGUAUAGAUAUAAACUUCAGUGUAAAAAUGUUUAAUCCUGGGAUAAAAACAUAGUUGGUUACCCUAUCAUGUUAGAAUAAACCUUAUAUUAAAUCUUGAAUCAUUGUAACAGAAAAUAGAAGAUUUCUCACUUCUCGAUAAUUCAUAAGAAGUGUUGAUUUUUAUAGCUGUAUUGUUUUUUUAUGAAUUUUGUAC